UGCUCAUCAUACUGGACUAAUCAGGUUAAGGACAUGGGGCUUCAUUCUAGGUAACUCAGCUGACAUCUUCAUUAUAAAACCACACAUUUUCCUCUGACUCUGGGCAAUGACCUGCAUAUAUAAGCUGUUAGUCAUAAGGGCUGGAUGGGGCAGCAUCUCAAUCAUAUAGGGCACAGGACAAACCUCAGUAUCACCAGCAAGAAUCCAUUACAGUUCAACAUGUAAGUAGUACCUCCAGACCUUUUCCCUGUGCCCCUGGACUCCGAGGUCCAUCCCACCCUCAGCUGUCCAUCUUCUAGAGCAGGCGGUCUAGCCUCCCCAAACCAGAAGAACUUCCUUUUUAUAUUCAACCACCUGAUGGAUGUCCCUGAUCAGGUCCCUCAGCUGCAGAGCACAAGAAGGACCUUCAGGAUCCAGCUUUCUCCUCGGGCGCGGGGGAGGCUCGGCGGACCUGCUGAUUGGGAACCGAUAUGGCGGCGACUCUGGGCAGCGGGGAGCGCUGGACGGAAGCUUACAUUGAUGCAGUUAGAAGAAACAAAUACCCAGAAGACACACCUCCUGAGAGUCAUGACCCCUGUGGCUGCUGUAACUGCAUGAAGGCACAAAAGGAAAAGAAGUCUGAGAAUGAGUGGACUCAGACCCGGCAGGGUGAGGGGAACUCCACGUAUAGUGAGGAACAGCUGCUUGGGGUACAAAGGAUCAAGAAAUGCAGAAAUUACUAUGAAAUUCUGGGAGUUUCUCAAGAUGCCAGUGACGAAGAGCUUAAGAAAGCUUACAGAAAACUCGCCCUGAAAUUUCACCCUGACAAGAACUGUGCUCCUGGAGCAACAGAUGCUUUCAAAGCAAUAGGAAAUGCAUUUGCAGUCCUGAGCAAUCCUGAUAAGAGACUUCGCUAUGAUGAAUACGGAGAUGAACAGGUGACUUUCACUGCCCCUCCAGCCAGACCUUAUCAUUAUUACAGGGAUUUUGAAGCUGACAUCACUCCAGAAGAGCUGUUCAACGUCUUCUUUGGAGGACAUUUUCCUACAGGAAAUAUUCAUAUGUUUUCAAAUGUGACAGAUGACACUCACUAUUACCGUCGACGGCACCGACAUGAGAGGACCCAGACUCAGAAGGAGGAGGAAGAAGAGAAACCUCAGACUACGUAUUCUGCAUUUAUUCAGCUACUUCCAGUUCUUGUGAUUGUGAUUAUAUCUGUCAUUACUCAGCUGCUGGCUACUAAUCCCCCAUAUAGUCUGUUCUAUAAAUCGACCUUGGGCUACACCAUUUCUAGAGAAACUCAGAACCUGCAGGUGCCUUACUUUGUGGAUAAAAACUUUGACAAGGCCUACAGAGGAGCUUCUCUGCAUGACCUGGAGAAAACAAUAGAGAAGGAUUACAUUGAUUAUAUCCAGACUAGUUGUUGGAAGGAGAAACAACAAAAGUCAGAGCUGACAAAUUUGGCAGGAUUAUACAGAGAUGAACGAUUGAAACAGAAAGCAGAGUCGCUGAAACUUGAAAACUGUGAGAAACUUUCCAAACUCAUUGGCCUACGCAGAGGUGGCUGAGAGGAUAAUGGUCCUACGCAGGGCUGGGGUUUUGCUACUUGUUCCUAUUUAUGUUCCUGAUUCCAUUUUAUAAUACAAAAUUAGGUAAUGAUGAACACUUUACUAUUUGCUAACUUUGUUGGUUGGGCAGAGUGGCAGGAGCAUGGGCACGAGAGCCAGAUGUGUCUUCACAGGAUCCUUCCUGGGGAGUGGCUCCAGGGGCCAGGAGUAGUUCAUCAAAGUUAAAUUAAUGGCAAGGCAUUGGAUUCCGUCUCCCUGCUCCAUGCCUACCCUGCCUAUGUGAAUGGAGUUCAGGGCAUCCCAGAGCAGAUCCGUGCUUUCUUCCUUCUUCCCUUCUUCAGUGAAGUCUUAAGAACCAGGCAUUCCUAGGCUUAGCCAAAGCUUAAUAUUAGUUAUUUACACUGUCUACCAAGAAUUAUACCUCUCCCUUCAUUAGAGUCAUCAUCUCCGCCAAGAUUUAGCCUUUGGAACAUGUUCCUGCCCAGCUUUCCAUUUUCUAGGGGAAUAUGGAGAAAUUUAAACUAUUGUAGUCAAUAGUUUUCUAUUAUUCCAAUCUCUGCUCAGUUAAUAGCAUUAGCAAACUGCCUAAUUUGAGAUUCCUUUAUUUCCUUAACCCUCUCUCUUUUAGAGAGUCCAGAAAUUAAAACUACUGAGCAGCAUCUGUAGGCGGGGGCCAGGGUGAAGGUAUAAUGCAAGACCGAGCCUCAUCUCCUCCACGAAGCCUCCCUACUCCAUCAUAGAACCCAGAGAAUAUCCCUUCGGUCAUUUCCCCUCAGUAUCAUCAUUGGUGUCAUCGCACUUGGGCUGAGUUCCUACAUCCCACAGAGGCAGAUGGUCCGACCCAGGAGGAGGCAUUGCCAGCUCUCCAGGCUGUUUGCUCAAGCCUAGAGAUAGAGGAGACAGAUCCUCUCUCCUUGGAUAUGGGGGUCUAGUGUUGGCCCCAGCAGCCACUUUGUUUAACCCAGUAUCCUAUAGUUUGUGAUUUGAGAUGAUUUUUCAUUCAUUCAACAUUUAUUGAGUGCCUACUAUAAAAGCAGGCGCUCUCACACAUAUUUUCUUACUUAAACCUCCUCACAACUCUGAAGUAGAUGUAUUAUCCUUGGUUCUAUGAAUGAGAACAUUGGCCCAGAGAGGAUGACCCAGGUCUUGUAGUGGCAGAGCAAGACGGUAGGCUGAGUGUCAAGUAGAAAGUGGGAGAGCAUCCUCAUGUCUCAGGUGAUUCUAGCCAGACUGGCAAAGCAGAACCUUUCCCGAGGAUGCCUCCGUCCUCCCCAACCCCAUGACCCCUCAUCUUUUCUGCGGCAAUCUUGCAUCUGUUCAGGACAACAUCCCUGCUGCUCUUUAGGAAGCAGGACCCUGUCUAACAUAAAUUCUGUACACAAAAUAAGAGGUCCCUCACAGGCAGGCAGCCCUCCCACUGGUGACUAGGAAGAAUUCAGUCACUGCCUGGGCUGUGUGGUUCUGGGCCUUCCUGUGGAGCUGAGCUGCCUGAAUUAUCAUGGCUCUGAACUUGGAAGGAUCAUUAAGUGACUGUAGCCUACACUCCACGCUUCCUUCAUAUUGGAAGAAAAGUUUCUGGUAGAGAGUCGGCCGGGUGCACUGGCUCAAGCCUGUAAUCCCAGCACUUUGGGAGGCUGUGGCAGGUGGAUCACCUGAGGUCAGGAGUUCAAGACCAGCCUGGCCAACACAGUGAAACCUCAUCUCUACUAAUAAUACAAAAAUUAGCCAGGUGUGGUGGCACAUGCCUGUAGUCCCAGCUACUCGGGAGGCUGAGGCACAAGAAUCGCUGCAACUUGCGAGGUGGAGGUUACAGUGAGCUGAGAUCACGCCACUGCACUCCAUCCUGGGCAACAGAGUGAGACUCGAUCUCAAAAAAAAAAAAAAAAAAGAGAGAGUCUACAUUAAACAGAUUCCAAAGUAAAGUUUCUUCAUCCCAAUGCAUGGCCAUGAUUUACACAGACGUGCCUAGCAUGGCUCAUCAAAAUCUGAACGGUUGUUCCCUACCAUGCCUCUGCAGGCUUUCCACAGAGUCAGGAGAUGGGUUCACAGGUAAAGAUUGGGGGCUUUAGUGGCUUGUAGGGGACAACUGCUCAGUUGCAGGGAGAGGGAGCAUUUCUAGAAAUAGCCAGAUUUUGCUGCCCAACUAGAUCUGUCCUCCUGGUUUUAGGGGGCCCUUCUUGAUCCCCUCUGAGUGACUGAGGGAGGUUACAUUGUAAAAUAUGUCCAUGAGCCAAACAGGCUUAUGGAAAGUUCUUCUACACACAAAAAAAUCAAAGCUCUCCUCUGCCCAUCCCCAACCACUGCUAGAAAAUUGGCCAUAAUGAAACUGACUUGACAGGUUAAAAGACCCUGUCCUAGAUGCCCAGGAAUCAGGUAGUCACACAUUUUAUGGACUUCAUGGCAGCGAUGAGUAAUCUGUGAUGAUACUAAAUAGAGGCAAUAAUAACUAACUCCAUUAAAUGUCAUGCUGAUUGUCUGUUUUUAUAGCA